AUGACUGCCCGGUCACGUUGCCGCAAUAUGAAAAUUUACAAUGACGAUGGCACUCUGAUUGGAGGGGUUCGACAGAAUGGGUCGAUCACAACCCAAAAUUUUUUUGACAUGGUUUCUAUCCUAGUAGGCCAGUCCAGAGUCAUGAUCGCACGCGCCGCGGACCCGAAUAAGAUCCCCCUCGUCCCUAGCAGCCAGCAACUGCCUGUCGAUGACUAUGUCAUCACCUCCACCACCAGACAAGUCAUUGAUUUGGAAUCCAACUGCGAAAUUGAUACUUAA